AUGUCCUACUCUUUGCAACAUUCAGUAGGCAAUGCUGUACGUUAUCUUAUCGCACUACUAGAAACACCGCAUGUUGCCAAACAUGACUGGUCACAGCGUCAUGAGAUAUUCCUACCCGUAGCCAUCCUAAGCAUCGUUAUUGGUGUCUUUGGCAAUAUGUGUUUCUGCUUCUUUUUUGGUGACAAAACUGCAAGGAUUUACAAAACCAGGGAUGCCCUAUAUUUCCGACGGAUGUCUCUACUCGACAUGCUUGUGUGUGUUAUUGUCCUACCGUAUUCUGUUUUCUAUGAGUUCAGCUUGGUAAAUUACGGAGCUGUAUGCAAAACAAUGGAGUUUAUUAGACAUAUAAUUAUAUAUACAUCUCACUUGACGUUGGCGGCAUAUUGCUUCGAGUUACCUAGGAGGGUUAGUUACGCAGACGUCCAAGCCAACGUUAACCGGAUGAUGGUGUGCAACUGUGUGCUGGCCUUCGUGUUCUCACUUCCGGCAUUUUUCCUCUUCGACAUAGGGGCUGUGAAAAAUGAAGAAGAUGGGGUGACCAGGAAUGUGUGCCACCUCGUCGUUUCAUUUAAAAACGAUGCAAAUGACUACGGUUCUUUGAGUCUGCUAAGAGUCCACUACUAUGCCGUGAUGUGCCUUUGCUAUGUCGUGGCUUUAGUGGUCUUCCUAUUUAAAAUAAUGCAUUACUGCGAGCGCCUGGCUGUUCCCGGGAGACGGUCAGUUAGUGUCCAGCUGAUAGAGCGGGCUCCGGUGCGGCAGCUAAAGCCGCUCAAAAGUGACGUAUGGCGGCAUAAAGUCAGACGGCAUUCUCAGACAGGCCGCCCGAUAGUUUUUGCCGAGUACACUGAUCGAUCACUAGAUGAUACGCAAGCAGAGAAUGGUGAAGAAACAAAUGAUGUAUCUGAACAGGAUAGCUCAUUUUCUUUCGAUCAACGAUCCUCAUUUGAGGAAGAUAGAAAUAUUCAAUAUUGGCCGAGUAGCAUGCAAGAAAAUGCAGAGAUUACAACUCCAUUUUCCGAGUCGACCAGCAUUGAUAGAAUUGAUUCACCGCAGCGACACCGUAGAGAUUCUAUAGUUUUGAAUGUAAAACGACUUAAAAGUGAUACAGAAAGCAGUAUUGUUCAGACUGCCCACGAUAGUCCGGAAGUUCAUCAAUCAAGUUCUCGUGGAUCUUCUAUCACAAGUAGAAACAGUUCUGUCAGAAAGAAGCGCGCCGUUUUUGUUGUGAAGACCACGAGAACUGGAUCCGCCAAUAGACUCAUCGGCCUUUUCAGCUGGCUCAACAGUGACAAAAACAGAAAGCACUCAAUUCUGAAACGGAAUUCAUCAGUGGCAUACUUGAAAAUUGAAUCAUAUAAGCAGCAUAUAAUAUUGCUGAUCUUACUGGAUUUCAUCUUCAUUCUGUCUGGAGUCGUCUCCUACAUUCUGCUGGAUGAGCAUGGAGCCACACUAUAUUUGAUUCACACAAAAUGCAUUUUUUCUUUCUACCUUAUUUCCCUCACACACAAGGGACUGCGAUUGGCUGUUCAAAAACACAUUGUUUAUUACUGCUUUAGGACAUGCAAGACCAAACGUGAAGUACACCACAGGCAUUCUGAGGCAACUUGA